AUGGCGUGUACCGCCACCUCGCCCAGUUUUCAGAAGCCCAAAUCUGUCACAGUCAAGGGAUUCAAGAUCAGCACUCAGAAGCUGCCAAUACUCAAAGCGGAUCCAAUUGAGGGUAUGACGAGAGAACUAGGAAUCACCCCGCCCGAGAUGAUCUUCGGCGACAAUUUUGUUGCAAUCGAACAUGAGCAGAGUCAGUGGGGAUUAGCUUUCAACGCGUUUGAUGCCUUAGACCGCGUGGACAAAACCGGCACAUCGAUGCUGAGGGUCGCUUACUCCAGGGAGUGGCAGAAGAGCAGGGAAAAGACUCAUGAAGGGAUCAAAGAAGUUGUCAAACCCUUCGACUGGUCUUACACUACGGACUACACGGGCACAGUCAAGCCUGGGAGUCGGCCAUUCGUAGCUACGACAAAGUCGAUUCCUAUUGAAUUGCUUAAGCGACCAGACCCUAUACUAUUUUAUGACGAGGUUAUCCUUUACGAGGACGAACUUGCUGAUAACGGCAUUACUAUGCUAUCGUGCAAGAUUCGGGUCAUGCCAUCCAGACUUCUGCUACUUGCGAGGUUCUUUAUGAGACUAGAUAACGUUCUAUUUCGGCUUCGGGACACGAGGAUUUAUGUCGACUUCGAUGAAAUGGAGAUCAUAAGAGAGUACCAAUCCAGGCAAUGUGAAUACGAGGCAGUAAGACAGACCUUAGCAACAACGAGAGAUGACGUACCGGCCGUCAUGAGAGAUCCUAAUAGACUUUCGGAAAUUCUCCCGUUAGUCGAGAAACGCUUAGAGAGGGUGGUUCUCAAGGAAUAA